GGAGAGUAAAAGAGAUAUCUAUUUCAUUAGAAAAUAUUGGAUAACUAUAAAAAAGGGCAAAUAAAUAUGAAUAAAGAAAAGAGAGAAAAAUUCAAGAUUUAGAAAGGAAGCCAAAAGAAAGAAGAGGAAAGUAAAUUUAAUGAGGUAAAUAAAAUUCAGUUGAUUCAAUUGAUUUAAAGAUAAGAGCUACUAAUUAUUUAGUUAAAUUAAUUAGUAAAAAGGGAAGAGACAGUGAUAAUAAGGAAACACUAAGUGGGAUAACUAAUAAUCCAUUUAUUAGGCCUUUGAAAUAUGUUGUAUGGUUUCCUUGAUUCAUUUCCUCUCUAAAAAUAAGUGGAAAUUUUAUA